UGCAUGUCUCUUGAACCAUGAACUGCUCAUUUUAUGGACAGCUAAGAGUUAAAUCCAUUUGGCACAGAUGGCCCCACAGUAUAAUCCUCUUUUUGAGGAGUCUCUCCUCCUCCUCCACAGAUGAAGGUUUGCCUGUGAUAAUAAGCCUAAUAUAGUGAACGACCGUGACAACAUGCGGCUGUAGUGUGUCUGUGGUUCAUCGAUGUGGGUGGGAAGUGACAAUCCUCAGAGAGUGGGAUGCCAUGCUUUCAAACGCUGUGGCUGUUUUAUUCUCACCUGUGUGAGCCAGAGAGGAGAGCCUUCUUCAAUGUAAAUGAGCCUGCUGAAUUCUUACGCUGGAUUACUUCAGUACUGUCAGAGUUUGGAGGAUUUGGCAGUCGAGGAGAAUGAAUCUGUGUUCACAGGUUUGAAGUGACGUGGAUGAGAGAUGCAGAGAGCGACUGCAGGUUUCUUCCAUGAACCUCAGCAGUUACCUCAGCCUCCAGCGUCCUCCAUCACCUCCAAUCUGACCUCGGCCACACCAGCUAAGAGAAUCACCUUUUACAAGAGCGGUGACGCUCGGUUCAAAGGCGUCAAGAUGGCCAUCCACAAACGCAGCUUCAAAUGCUUUGAUGCAUUAUUGGAUGACCUUUCCCAAAAGGUCCCUCUGCCUUUUGGAGUGCGGACCAUCACGACACCCCGGGGCACCCACAGCAUUAAACAUUUAGAGCAGUUAGAGGACGGUGGCUGUUACCUGUGCUCCGACCGCCGCCACGUGAAGCCCAUCAACAUUGAAGCCAUGGGGAAGAGGCCGACAGUCUGGCAUCAUCACAACGUUCGCAGGAAACCCUCUCGACCCGAGGACGCCCCCUAUGGUCACCAGAACCACCAUCGACAUCCAAAAAGGAUCAUACUGGUGAAGAACAACGACCCUGCUGUGAGACGCUCCAUCCUUCUGAGUAGAAGAACCGCUCGCAGUUUACGUGUCUUCAUAGAGGAGGUUUCAGAACUCAUGCAAUGUCACGUGAAGAAACUUUACACCCUGGAGGGACGCAAGGUCAGUGGGGAUUUUAUUAGUUAUCAAAGUCUAAUGCAGUGUCCCAGUGUUUUGGUGUGUGUGGGUCGAGAACCCUUCAGACCUCUGCUCAUGGAGAACUCAAAGAAGCUCCCAAAUGAAAUGCUCCCGGGAAUGGGAACAAGAUCUCGGUCCAGCGUCUGCAGUGAAGGCCACGAAAGCAAAAAGAAUGUUAACUUUGGCCUGGAAACAAAGAAAAGCAUCAUCCAUCCAAGAUCAGACUCUAGUACAAGGUCGACAAGAUUCUCUCUUUCUUCAGAAAAGUCCUACCAGAAUGAAUUAUGCACGACACCUGGACAGUCUGCCUGCGUCAGCACCUGUCCCUAUAUUAAAGAAGUAGCGGUGAGCGAUGACAUUCAGAAGAGAGUACUUGUUAACAAAGACGGCAGCCUUUCUGUUGAGAUGAACGUUCGUUUUCGACUCUUCAGCAACGAGACACUCCAAUGGUCCACUGAGAUCAAGAAACUGAACGACGGCGGCUCUGUGAAAGAAAGAAAUCAGCAUUAUCAUCAGGCUAAAGCUGAGUAUUCAGAGCCAGACUCCAUCUGUCAAUCCGAGACCGAGGAGACCUUUGCUACAAAGAUGCAUGAGAAGCAUCUUGAGGAAUCGCUUUGUCAGAACUGUUGCAACCACUGCCAAGAAUAUGACAUUUGGAAAAACCCCAUGCACAAAAGCCCAGGGGGCUGCAAAUCACCAAGUUCCAGUGGAUCUUCUCAAAAAGUUUCAUUCAAAAAGACAUCAGUGAAUAGCAUGCAUACGAUUACUCAUUCCAGUGAGGAAUACACAGAGCAUGUGGUGGAGAAAACUGUGGAGGAAGGCGACACGAGAGUGGAGUACUGCGCAAGAAGUCGUUGCUGCAAUCGCAGUGAAAUAUCAGCGAGCAGGUCGUCACGGGAGGACGACUGUGAGAGUAACACUAAAAGUAAAUGUUUUUGUCCGACAACGCAUUAUAAGAUUACAGAGGACCGGGCCAUCUUCACGGUCAACAACUCACCCAAAGUGCAUGAGUCUUUAAAGGACAAUCUGGAUGAUGAUUAUGAUGACCUGCCUCCAAGCAUCUCACAAGCUUCAAACCGGUCUCAGAGUGACCAUGUUGAAGGUGAUACUGGGUCCAAAUGCAUUCAUUGUCGUGCCUGCCGGACCUCACCAAGAUCUAAUUUAUCCCCUAGACCUCCUAGUAAGGCAUCAAAAUGUGCUUCUCAUUCUUUAAGAUCCAAAAAAUAUACAACUAGUUUAAUGGCACCAGUAGAGCCAGGCGGGGUGGUGAAUCACAGGGUAGAUUCGUCUGCAAUUUUAAACGUCUCCUCCAGAUCCUGUGUAUGUCAUUGUGAAACUAAAACCUUAAGUUCAUUCGCAUCUGGUAGGCAGCGACAGGCUGAGGAUAGAUGUGAGGAUGACAACACGCAAGAAAAUGAACCUUUAAGUGCUAUGUCAGUAACUGCAGACCUGCAGAAAAAAUCUGGCGAGGCAAGUGUGUGCUUGUGGUGUAAAGGACUGGGGAAUCCCAAGGAUUCAGAAUCACAGAUGGCUAAGAAAAUUACAAAUGCUCAAAACUGUGAAACUAUUCAUAAUUAUGAAUCAGAUGAGGAAACCACAAGGCAACGUUCUGAGACUACCCUGUCAAAACGGUCAAACUGCAUCGAUCAUGAAAAGUGUCCUGUUGGGAAGUCAGAAGUGGAAACUGCUGAAGAAAUAACCAAGAGUGGCAUGUUGGAGAAAUCACUGGCAUCUGCAACCAAAUCGGAACCAAGCUGCAUGUGUUCAUAUCGAGAACCAACACUAGUGUCAAGUCUGUCAGAAAGAGCAGAAGUUGAUGUAAAACCACGAGAGGAAUCAGUCAGCCCAAUGUGUACAAAUUUGGAUAUAUCAGCUUCAUCGCACCAUAUGACGUACCAUAAAUCAAAGGCUGCUUAUUCAGAGCAGGUGAGAACACCCAGCUCGUCUACUUCAAAUGAUUUAGAGGAAUUGCCAUCAAAGUUACUUCAUUCUCAGGGUGAUAAAUCACAAACUGCCGCUGCACAAAUAUCUACCAUGUUGGAUAAUCACUGUGGACUCAACACAGGUUUAACUGAAGAAGUCGGUGCCAUGUCCAAUAAAUCAAACCCAUCCUCUCAACACCUACACCAUACAUCACAGGAAACAAAGAGCUCUGUCAAAACCUGUUGCAAGUUAAUAAAGACAAAAGCGACUGUGAAGGCAUCUGGGAAACAUUCACACAUGCAAAACAAAGACAACCGUAAUGAUGUUUCUGCCACAAAAUCUAACGAGAGAGUGCCUAGUGUAAAGUCCUGUAGGUCCCACGAAUCAAGCCGUAACCAUCCAGAAAACACUGUUACCUCAGCACAUGAUAAAAAAGAAGAAAUUGUGUCAAAGAGAGCCAACUCUCAAAAAGCAAUGUCUCAGACUUCUGUGAUUUCAGGAAAGCCUAACGCCUGCUCUGAACGAUCCAUCAAACUAUCAACCCCUCAUGCUCCUGCAUCCCAGGAGAUGAGCCAAGAAAUGAGGGAUGGCAAAGACGUGACACAAAAUGCCUUAACUGUGACCUCUCCAUUGCCCAGGAGCUCUCCAUCUCCAAGCAGAACCAAGUCAUCCAACACUAAAGUUAAGCAGACUAAAAGUGGGAUGUCAGUCAACUCUAAAAUAUCGCAAAGAUCCAGUAAUUGUCAUUGUCACACCUCUUCGAGUAGUCAAAAAGAGGAUGUUAAAGAUGAAUCUGAGGAGAGAGAUGUGAAGAGAUUGUCAGGAAAAUCACAGCUUGACAAUCACAAAAAAUUACAUUUGGAUGAACCUUUGAGCCCAACCUCAACAGCAUCUGUCGGCCUACCUGAAGAACACAAGUGUGAUGACCUUGAAGAACAAUCCACCAGUGAUAUGUCAAUCACCACAGAGAUUGCUGGGUGUAAGUUGGUGGUUGUAAAUGGUGUGGAUAUUGAGGAAAUGCCAAUGAGUCCUACAAUAUCAGAAAAGUCUCAUCGCAAGACUCCUCUGCAAACACUCUCACCAGUCUCAGCUGCAAGAGUCAGGUCAGCGAAUCCAAAGACAAGACAUGGAACCCAGUUAAAUGGCAACAACAUCAGAGCCUCAUCUCUGAGUCCUCUGUCAGUGUCAUCUUCACAUAGCCGGGGAAGUAAAAAAAACACGGUUAUGAAAGGACGUGAGCGAAUCACCAGCCAAGUGGAAAUGACUGACAAGGACAAUGCAUCCAACAAGAUCCCUUCACAACAUCACAAAAAUGAAACUAUGCCAGCAAGUGGUUGUUUAACAUCCUCACAAGCUUCUGAACAUUCAGAGAUGUCCAAAAACAAUCAAACUACUAAAGAGACUGAAAAGAUAUCCAAGUGUUCCUCACAUUGUAAUAAAGACAGCCACAAAACAUCUCAGCCAGACAAGACAUUGGUAAAAGAAGACGCAUCCAGACCAAAUUCAGUGGAGAUGUCCGAUGUUUUCCAAAAGUGUAGAGGCCUGACACAAGAAAUACAAAACAAACAUAAAUCAUCAGACUCGAGCGAUAGCGUUUCAUCACAAGCCGUUUCAGCAGCAGAUCUGUUACGAGAGAUAGUUGCCACUGCAAAUCCAACGAGUAGAGGAUCAAAGUCAGUCGCCUCCAGCAAAAGUGUCAAGAAAAUGACUGAGAAGUGUAGCCGUAAAAAACACAGGGAAGACAGCAACACAUCAGAGCACAACAAUGAGGAACAGUUUACUAUCAUGCCAUCUUGUUUACCAAACGCUUCUCCUACAGAAGUUGUUAAUGAGUGGCUUAGAAACAAUCCUAUUGAUGGGCCUGCUUAUGAAAUAGAUGUCGAAAUGACUAAAAAUAUUACUGAGACUCAAUGUGAAGAGGAAGUUUCAAGGGACAAGAGUAAGGAACCAGAAAGCGUAACUGAGGUCGAAGAACCUCGUGAGGAGGAAAUCAAGGAUCAAGCAGGUCAGCUGGAGAACAGUGUUGAGGCACAGUUGUGUAAUAAAAGACCACAUGUUGAAUUAAACCAACUGGAUUCCAGUCCUCAAACAUUAACCAAAAAAGAGUGUGUAGAAAAACAGUGUCAGUCUGUUCAGGUCAUGAAAGUUUUACUGAAUCCAAAACUAAACAGAUGCAGUAGUUUACCUGAGGUCUCCCCUGUGCAUGGCAGAAGAUUAACUCAGUCAGCUCAGGGGCUUCUCGACUGCCUUGCGAAUUUACAACUGAUUGACUCAGACUCUAAAAAUGAUAAACAUUCAAAAUAUAAUGAAGUCAUGACCAUCCUACAGUCGCUAUGGCUACAAGAGCCUUCUGAGGAUAAGCAAACCGAGAAAGAUCAGUCAGCGGAAGAUGAGUUGAACCUGCAGUCUUCAUCUGGAGUAGAUGUUAGCAGCGGCUCUACGGGAUCUGUUAAGGGCAUAGUAGAAAAAUCAGAGAUGGCGCAAUGUAAAAUUUUACCAUUAUUUGAGGCCUUAAAACAAGACAAAGAUGAGUCUUUGAUGGAAGAUGAGAAAACAUCUACAGCUGCCCCAUGUGAAGGUAUAGAUGCCUCUAAAGGCCUCUCUGAUCCGACAACUCCAGAUAUUGCAGAGCGAGUCCAGGGCAGUGCAGUGAAUAAAGACAUAGAUGAUACCCAGGAAAAUACUGCCGCUAAAGAUGAUGAUCAAACACAACAGGAGUCUUCUAACAAAAGCUCAGGAAAAGAAAGCGAUGUGAUGAAAUCUUCAGAAAAUGCAAGCUCGGGAACUCCAUCAUCUGUUCAGAGAGCUCCACUUACUAAAAGAAUUUCACAAGACCCAAAUCCCGUUUGGAUGCUGAACUUAUUGAAGAAACUAGAAAAACAGUUCAUGUUACAUUAUGCAGACGCAAUGGCCGAGUUCAGAGUAAAGUGGGAUUUGGACGACACAGAGAUGCUUAACACAAUGAUCGGUGAACUGAAAGCGGAGGUACAUAAACGGAUUCAAUCGAGCAUUAACCGAGAACUCCAAAAACUCCAAGGUAGAGCCGGCAGGGGUCCGAGACCACCAGGACAAGUUUUGUCUAGAGAGUCUACUGUGCAAACCCAACAGAGGCGCAAACGUCUUCGGGUGAUGCGCAACAAAUCUAUCACUUUGAGCGAGGACAACUACACAGCGUCUGGCACAGAAUAUAGCGAUCAGCGCAGCGAUGAUGAAUACUGCCCGUGUGACGCUUGUAUGAAAAAGAAAAUGGCGUCCAAAGCGGUCCAGCGGUCUGAGGCUUUGAGCUUGGCCCCUGUUAUGAUGGAAUUCGAUCUGCGAAAAAUACUACAAAUGAAAAAGGAUCCAGCCAGACCCACCGAACAGAAGGUGAAAGAUCAAACCACUGCCAACAGGAUCUGCACAGGUGAUAAAGAAGACAACGACUCGGAGGUGCUUCGUGAAGAAGUGGAAGAAGUGAGUAUCAGCCAUAGCAAUAAGGUUCAAGAUCUUGAGAGAGAAGACAACAUGGAGGCCAUUGACAAAGAUAACCAAGAUGUUUGUGCAGACCAUAAGACAAAAGAUGAAGUGGAUGGAUGUAGUGGUGAAGCUUAUGAUGAAGAAGAGGAUGGGAAAGAUACAGAUGGAGAACCUGGGAAUAAAGACAUUGAUGAGGAAGCAAAAUUAGAUGGAUAAUUAUUAAGGAAGAUACUUAGUAGAAGAGAAUGAGAAGAAAGAUUGAGACAUUGCUAAGGUUGAAGAUGUAGAAAGGAUACUGCAGGGGAUGAGAAAAAAAGAGAACAUUGAGACAGACAUUUUGAAAGUCAAGGAGACAGCGUAGUGAUUUCUAUACAGCCAUCAGACAGAGCGGUGAGUUUCGUGGACACCAUAAGGACAUUGGCAAUGGACUGACUGAAUGGCAGAUCUCACCUAAGAUUAAACAAAAGAAACUGAAGAAUAUUAUGAUGAUAUCUGAUAUUAUGAGUGAGUCUGUCUGCUACAAAGAAAACUUUACAGAAGAUAUUUAUAUUGUAUGUUCUUUCUUUGUUAAUGUCUUAAAGGUAUUGUUUUAGUGAAACUCACCCAAAAUGCCACAAGUACUGGAUUUUUAUUGACAAUUAAAAUAUUUUAACUUGCAGUGUGG